GACUUGUUUCCUAGGGUUUGAGUUUGAGAGAUGAAAAAGAUGAGGAAGUACAAAGACUCUUCAAUCUUUGCUUUGUUUGUUUUCUUUUUCGUUUUUGGUUCAGGAACUAGCACAACGGCAACAGGUAAAAAUCUCCUGCCAAAAGAGAAGGAAAAUUGCACCUACCUAGUAACAAUAGAAACAACUUGUACAAGGGGUGCUGAUACUUCAAACCAUGUGAGCAUAAGGUUUGGUGAUUCAAAAUCGAAUGACAUUUUGGUGCACCAUCUCAAUUCCAAGCACCUAAGAAGGGUGGAUCCAUUGGAGCCAGAGGUUCUCGACGACGUGCCUCGGAAACCAUUUCAAGCUUGCAUGGUAGACCAAUUCCAAGUUAAGGGACAAUGCGUAGACUCGGCCAUUUGCUACCUCUACCUCAAAUUGAGUGGAAGUGACGACUGGCGUCCUGGAUAUGCACAGGUUCGGAUGUUUGAGGGAUCUCAUUUCAGCUCUGAAUAUUUCUAUUUUCGCAGGUAUUUGCCUCGCCAUGUCUGGCAUGGUACAGACUUAUGUGAUACAGAGGUCACUCCUUUUGGAAUCAAGUACAAGAGGAAGGUCUUUGGGAAGAAGGCUCCUCUUGAUCAACCAUUGAUGCCCUAGACACACAAUCUUAGGCAUGGUGUGUAUUAUAGUUUAAUGUUGACUAUGUUGUAAAGAUUACUGUAUUAUUUGAUUGGGAUGAUCUUUAAGAAAAAUGAGGUGGAGACUUGAUAAAUGCCUUAAUUGCCAAAGGAACUCAAAUAAAAAAAAAUCUACAAUAAAG